AUGACCGACCUCUCUGCCUACGACGAAAUCCUUAAUUCCCUAGAGGAAGACAGCUACAACACCAUCAACAGCAGCGAUCUCUCUCCAUCGCUUCAAGCCUGGUCCAACACCACAGACACCGACGAGUUCGACCUGAGCAGCCUCAACCUCUCCUCUAACUCAUCCUCAUGGAUCAACCCCCUAGAAUCCGCUAUAACAGCCACCCGCAACGGCUCGUCGCCCGUCCUCAGCACCCUCUCGCAGUUCACAGCCCUCCUCGCCCAAACAGGAAUCCACGGCCCCCGGAUCCUAAAAGCCCUCAAUCUGUCCACCCGAGGAACCAAAAUCGGCGCAGGCAACCAGUUCACUGUCUUCACCGACCCCAUCUACGAAGGCCAGGUCAUAAAGCGCGUCAAUGUCCCGCUCUCCAGUAAAGCCGAGCAGCGCUUCGCAGCCAGCACGGACUACCGCCUGCAGCUGCGCACGUUGGGACUGGAGGUCCUCUCGCUAUGUAACCCCGUGCUGCACGCGCACCCAAACAUCACCAGUCUGCUGGCGUGGGGUUUCGAUUUCCCAUUUGCGGAUAUGGCGGUGCCGCGCACCGUCGAGGUGAGGUAUCAGCUCUCGCUGGACGUCGCGAAUGGGCUGGAGGCGCUGCAUAAUCUGAGGAUCGUGCAUGGGGACGUGAAGCCGGAUAAUGUGCUUGUGUUUGCGGGUCCGAGUGAGCGCGUGCCCUUCCGGGAGAAGUUGAGUGAUUUUGGGGUCUGUGUGGAUUUGGAGGCGCCGGAUGCGAAGUUCAUGUUGAGUGAUUACCGGGGCACGCAGGCGUGGCUGGCGCCGGAGGUGGAGGAUGGGGAUCUGGGGAGGUUUGGGGGGUUUUCGUCGGAGUUGAUGUUUAGGUUUGACGCGUAUAGCUUUGGGCUGGUGUUGCUGUCUAUCUUUACGGGGAACGGCGAGGCGCCUGUUCUGGAUGAGGAUCCGGAGAAUGUUCCUGAUCAGGUUUUCGAAUUGCUUUAUGGUCAGGAGGACAUUCCGAAGAACAUACGCCUGGAGCUGCGCAAAGCGAUAUCAAAGCUCCUGUCCGAAGAUCCACGGAAACGGCCACUUCCUAGCCCGGAUUUGAUCAAAACCGACAGCCCGGUAUACGCAGCUUGGCUCUCCUCCAUCCAAUUGACACCUACAAACAAGCACGUCGGGAUCAUCGACCCGAUCUAUAACAAGGGUCCCUUGUUCUGGUACCGGCUUGAUGAAACCGUUCGUACAGAGCUGGAAGAGCAAUAUGCCCUGAUGAAAGAGGGCAACGCACCGCCCUUCCCCGGCGAUGUGCUCUUUGGGCUGGCACAGACGGUCACCGGCGCGAAGCCCUCGUACCUCGAUCGGUUGCUGACGUAUCUAGCCGAGGCAGCCAGGGCGGGAUACUCGCCUGCAAGGGCGGUAUAUGCGCAGAUCAUGGCGGCGCAUGGUCAAAAGCUGGAGUUUGCGGAGGAUGUGUUGGAGGAGUGGAUGUUGCAGGCGAUUUCCGAGGGGUAUUUCUUUGCAAGUCCUAGUUACUCGAAGGAGAAGAUCGAGGAAGUACGUCAACAGUUCAGGGCCAAUGGAGGGUUCUGUUCAGAUCCAUUUGUGGGGAAGAAAGAUGUUGUCGAGGCUGCGAGGGACAGGGACGAAGCGCUGAAGUGGGAGAGGAAGAAUGGAAGUAUUGUUGAUCGGAAAGGAAACACGAUCCUACACGCUGCGGCCGCAUUGGGAGCUACUGAUGUCGUUCAAGCGUUACUAGAUGAGGGACAAGUGUCCGUCAAUGUGGAGAAUGAGAAGGGAGAGACGCCGCUGUAG